AUGUGCAACGAAGAGGACGUGCGCAAUGUGCAGUCCAAGUUGCAGCAGAUUAAGGACGUAAACAUGCGCAACCAAGUCACCCCCUCGUGGAUGAAGCGUCUCUGUGAUAAUUCGGAACAGAUCGGAUUCAAAAGCAUGUCAGUCAUUAUAGAUUACGAGUUGGCAGUUCUAUGCAAUGAUGAAAAUGAGAAAAGCAAUGCUGACUUCAAAAUAAUUGGAGCUUCUGGUUUCAUUUCGAACGAAGAGAUCAUUCAGCAGACGAAGAGGGAUACCACUUAUGUCCCUCGGAAAUGCACCGUUAAUAACUUUUACCUGUGUCGAAAGGUGGAAGACGAUAACGUGAGCUGCCAGUACAGCCCCUGGUCCCCGUGGGGCCCCUGCGUGGACAGCAAACAGAGAAGAACGAGGAAGGUGAUGCGUUCGAAUCAGAACAAUGGAGACUUUUGCCUGUGGAAUGGCAAGCGCAUUCCGAGGAGCAUAAUGGAGGAGACGCGCCCCUGCAGUGGUCCAUCGGAUGCGGCCGCUCCGAAGUAG